AUGUGGACUCAAAAGCCUCUCAUGGCCAUUUUCUUAGCUACUUUCAUGUUCGUCCUAUGCCAAACUCAUGCACAAAACUCCCCUCGUGACUAUGUUGCAUUACAUAAUCGAGCUCGUGCACAAGUUAGGGUUGGCCCCGUUACAUGGAAUAAAACAAUAGCGGCCUAUGCUCAAGCCUAUGCCAAUAAAAGGAGGAAUGAUUGUGCGAUGGUUUACUCAGGUGGGCCUUAUGGCGAAAACAUAGCCGCAGGCUACUACCCAGAGAUCACUGGAGCGUUUGCAAUGAAGUUGUGGCUGGAGGAGAAACCUCUAUACAAUUACACAUCAAAUUUGUGCAUCAAGGGCGAGUGUAACCACUACACUCAGGUAGUGUGGCGAAACUCGGUGCAUAUUGGAUGUGCUAGAGUGCCUUGUAAAAGUAACUCUCAAUUUGUUAUAUGUAAUUAUCAUCCUCCUGGAAAUAUCUUUGGACAAAGGCCUUAUGAUUCUCCACUCUAA